AUGGAAAGAGUGGAGGCUGGCCGUGAACGGAGUGUGGACAUGGAAGCAAGGACAGAAGCAGGAAACGGGAGGAGUGAGCAAUUCUGGGGAAGAAUUCGGCAGACCCUGGAAGAGGCUGUGGGCACCUCAGACGUACAGAGCCAGUUGUUCCAGCAGAUCGGCUACCCGGAUGCCAAGGGGCCCCAAGAGUUGCUGCCUGCAGAGAAGCCCGUAAGGAAGCAGAUCCUGGAGUUGGUGAUCCUGGAGAAGUUCCUGGCCGUCCUUCCUCAGGAAAUGCAGUGCUGGGUCAGGAAGUGCGACCCCGAGACUUACGACCAGGCAGUGGCCCUGGCAGAAGUCUUCCUGUCAAGGCACCAACAAAAGGAGGAGGAAGUGAAGCAAAGGGAGCAGCGGCCAGUGACCUUUGAAGAAGUGGCUGUGUAUUUCUCUGGGGAAGAAUGGGCUCUGUUGGAUCCGGGCCAGAGAGCUCUUUACAGGGAAGUAAUGAUGGAGAACUAUGGAAACGUGGCUUCGCUGGGAUAUAACACCUGUGUGCUGGAAUAUGAGGAGAACUGUUGGCAGAAAAGACCCAAAGAAGCGGAUGUUGAUGAAAGACUGGUAGAAGGAUCUGAAGGGAAAUGUUUCUGGGACCCUGCAACGCGGUCAAAGCCUGAAAGAAAGCUGGCGACAGACAGUCACCAGAACGAUCAUGAGGAGUAUAAACCAAAACUAGCCUUGCUUUGGCGGGAAGAUGCUGGGAAUGUAGAGACGGACGAAGGACUCCUAAAGCGUGAAACACAGAGGGACCAAGACUGUGACAACAAAUUUUGUCAGAGCGCGACGUUUGUCAGGAAUCCACGAAUGGCAGAAAAAGCGUAUAUCUGCUCAUGCUGUGGGCAGAUAUUCCAAGGGACGUCCGCUUUGCUUGUGCACGAGAGGACUCAAAUUGAAGAACUGAAUUACAAAUAA